GGAACUGUGAACGCUUAUUUUUAAAAUAAAAUAGACGAUCUAGAUCAUUUGUUGCCAUAUACGUCAUUUUUAAAACUUGAAAUCUUAGUUUUUUUCGCAACUUUAAUAUUCAAAUUGAGAUGAUCGAUAUUAAUUUUUAACACUUAGAAUUGCAACGAGGCUUUAUGGAGGAAGAGAAAGACAUUGCGGCCCUCUAAUGGAGCUUUCACGCUUCUAUGGGCGAAAGGCAGAGCACAAAACAGGUUAGAGCAUUUUAGAGAGAAAGAGAGAGGAGCGAGAUGCCAUUGGGGAAGUACUAUUGCGAUUACUGCGACAAGCCGUUUCAGGAUACUCCCGCUGCCAGGAAGCGCCACCUGGAAGGCCUUCAUCACCAGAGAGCCAAAGCCCUCUGGUACGCCUCCUUCAAAGAGCCUCAUAGGAUUCAAUCGGAUGGCCUGGGGAGAGGAUUUUGCAACCAUUUUAUGCGCACGGGAUUUUGCCAGUAUGGGGAUGCUUGUAAAUACAUUCACACCAAGCCAGUCAUGCAGUUUGCGGGUCCUUUACCUGUUGGAAAUCCUGGUUCAAACAUGAGCACAACUUUCCAAUCAUCAGCUACUUUUGGAAAUCAAUCCAUGAGAGGUUCUUUCCCAGGGAACACAAUCACGGAGCGGGUGGGGUUAUCAUUGGCGAAUUUACCCCCUUCACUGAGGCCCCCACCUGAAGGAGGGUACCCUGAACUCCCCUUUAUGGACUGGGGUUAGUUAUAACCUCCUUAUUCAAGUUUGUACGUACUUCCCUUUUUUUUUUUUGGGAGCAAAUUGUGGAACAUUUCCUGCUUUUUUCCAUCCCUACAAUGCCUAUUAUAUCAACAAGUCUAAUCGAUGUUUCAAAAUGCUGUGUGUGUGUGUGUGAAAUGCAUGAAGAUCACUGCACAUUUGAAACAUGCAAGUCUAGAUCCCCUUUUAAAUCAUUCAUUUGGAGUUUGAAAGUGACAAUUUAGUUCUCACCAUAUGCAUGUUAGUUCUGGCCAUAUGCAUGGUAUGUGAAUGAUAUUUAUGAGGAGUUUAUUCAGAUCAUUCCACGAGUCA